AUGGCACUGUCUUGCCAAACACAGCUAUUUUGUGUUGCUGAUUGUAUCAAGGAUCCAUCCACUGCUAAGGUUGAUACAGUGGUAUCGGGAUCGGUGAAUAUCUGUAGUGGUUUGUAUGCAGCAGUGGGUCUUUUUGGCUAUGUAGCAUUCCAUGAUGUUGAAUUGCAUGGUGAUAUUCUGCUUUAUCUGGAAACUUCAUUUCUUACACAGCUGAUGAAGUUGGCAUUCAUGCUGUCGGUAGCUGUCAGCAUUCCAUUGAUGCUUUUCCCAAGUCGUAUCAUCUUCUACAAUCUUUUCUUGAAACAGGAUAUUGGUGAAUAUGCUAUGCUUCGGAUGUCUUCUGGAACGUUUAUCUUAUUGACAGUUUUUGUUCUUUCCUCCUGUUUAUUGGUUGCAAUUGUUGUUCCAAAUGGUAUGUCCUGCGUUAUGGUUCAUAAUUUCCUGAUCAUUUUAUACGUAGUGAUCUUUCUUUUUUUUUUGGCUGGGGGAGGGAAGGAGUAG